CCCCCCAGGAUCCCCUAGACAAGGAUGGAACUGAAAGCCGAGGAGGAGGAGGUGGGUGGCGUCCAGCCGGUGAGCAUCCAGGCCUUCGCCAGCAGCUCGACGCUGCACGGUCUGGCCCACAUCUUCUCCUACGAGCGGCUGUCCCUGAAGCGGGCACUGUGGGCCCUGUGCUUCCUGGGCUCACUGGCUGUGCUGCUGUGUGUGUGCACCGAGCGUGUGCAGUACUACUUCCACUACCACCACGUCACCAAGCUCGACGAGGUGGCUGCCUCCCAGCUCACCUUCCCUGCCGUCACGCUGUGCAACCUCAAUGAGUUCCGCUUUAGCCAAGUCUCCAAAAAUGACCUGUACCAUGCUGGGGAGCUGCUGGCCCUGCUCAACAACAGGUAUGAGAUACCAGACACACAGAUGGCCGAUGAAAAGCAGCUGGAGAUAUUGCAGGACAAGGCCAACUUCCGCAGCUUCAAGCCCAAGCCCUUCAACAUGCGUGAGUUCUAUGACCGAGCAGGACACGACAUUAGAGACAUGCUGCUCUCCUGCCACUUCCGGGGGGAGGUCUGCAGCGCUGAAGACUUCAAGGUGGUCUUCACACGGUAUGGAAAGUGCUACACAUUCAACUCGGGUAGAGAUGGGCGGCCCCGGCUGAAGACCAUGAAGGGUGGGACAGGCAAUGGGCUGGAGAUCAUGCUGGACAUCCAGCAGGACGAGUACUUACCUGUAUGGGGAGAGACUGACGAGACGUCCUUUGAAGCGGGAAUCAAAGUACAGAUACACAGUCAGGAUGAACCUCCUUUCAUCGACCAGCUGGGCUUUGGUGUGGCCCCAGGCUUCCAGACCUUUGUGGCCUGCCAGGAGCAGCGGCUCAUCUACCUGCCCCCACCCUGGGGCACCUGCAAAGCUGUUACCAUGGACUCGGAUUUCUUCGACUCCUACAGCAUCACUGCCUGCCGCAUUGACUGUGAGACACGUUAUCUGGUGGAAAACUGCAACUGCCGCAUGGUACACAUGCCAGGGGAUGCACCAUACUGCACUCCAGAGCAGUAUAAGGAGUGUGCAGAUCCUGCCCUGGACUUCCUGGUGGAGAAGGACCAGGAGUACUGCGUAUGUGAAAUGCCCUGCAACUUGACCCGAUAUGGCAAGGAGCUGUCCAUGGUUAAGAUCCCCAGCAAAGCCUCAGCCAAGUACCUGGCCAAGAAGUUCAACAAGUCUGAACAGUACAUAGGGGAGAACAUCCUCGUGUUGGACAUUUUCUUUGAAGUCCUCAACUAUGAGACCAUUGAGCAGAAGAAGGCCUAUGAGAUUGCAGGGCUCCUGGGUGACAUCGGGGGUCAGAUGGGGCUGUUCAUCGGGGCCAGCAUCCUCACGGUGCUGGAGCUCUUUGACUACGCCUAUGAGGUUAUAAAGCACAAAUUGUGCCGAAGAGGGAAGUGCCAGAAGGAGGCCAAGAGGAGCAGUGCAGACAAGGGCGUGGCCCUCAGCCUGGAUGACGUCAAAAGACAUAACCCGUGCGAGAGCCUCCGGGGCCACCCUGCUGGGAUGACUUACGCUGCCAACAUCCUACCUCACCAUCCGGCCCGAGGCACGUUUGAGGACUUUACCUGCUGAGCGCAGGCCACUCUACCAAACGCCUAGGCGGGGAGGGCUAGGAGAGCAAGGGGCCCCCUAGCUGCCCCCGCAUCUGUCCUGGAGACUCACCCACACUUCUGGGGCAGUCCUUUCCUCUUGUCUCUGAUGAGGAAGGGUUUUGACUAUAGCGUCCUCUCCCUGCCUCUUAUCCCAUUCUUUUUAUUUUAACAAAAUUAAACUAAUCUAAAAACCUGAGAGAAAGGGGCAAAGGACCUUGGGCUGCCCCCUCUCUGCUCCAUGCUGCCUCCCCUAGCUCCCAGCCUAAAUUCUUGUCUGUCUGGCUGUCUGUCAUCUGAGUGUCUGCCUACAUUCUGCUGCCUCCAGUCACCAAAGCCCCCUCCUAUUGAGGGGUGGAGGGGAUCCUUGGGGUCUGGAAUUUGGCCCCAAAUCAGAGAAUGUACCUUAAGGGGAAGGGCUAGUGGGAGGGCUUCCCCAGCCUUACGAGACCCUCUCAGCCCAGUUAUUCCCCCGAAACCCAAGUUUCCAGGCAGGAACUAGAACCCCAGCCUCACUCCCUCACAUAAUAUGGAAUCUCUAGCAGGUGGGGGAUUCCCCUAAAGAAGUGGAGAUGGGGACAAAAUGUGGCCCUGGUGCUGUAGGCCACAUCCUGAUACUUACAAGUUCAACCCCACCCCAAAGCUGCUGGAGAGAAAUCCCAAGAGGUAGCCUUCCUCUACAUCCCAUAGAAGACCUGGCUGGUUAGCUUCCAGCUCAGGGAGAGGGGCACUGGUGCCUGACCUCACUGGUCCCUCUCCCAGAGGCCCUUGCAGAGGGCCACAUCCAUAAAUUUUCUUAUGGAACUCUCCCAAGUCCUCUGCCCCAGCUUCAUUUGCUUCUUUCAACAACCUCAUCUGCAUUUUCUAUUUCUAUAUGAUACAGACUCUAUAUUGCUAUAUCUCUGUAUAUACUUUCCUCUAACCCUGUCUGUCUUCACCCAUUCCCUCUUGUCUCUGAGAUCCAUCCUCCUACCCAAAGUUCCCCCUUCUGUGUUUAUCCCCCCCUCCCCAGUCUUUGAAUGCCUUCGCCUGUAUAAAGAGUUGGACUCUCUCCCCUGGUGUCUGUACUGUGUACACACAUCCCUCUGAGAAGCACAAGGAGACGACACGCGCAUUGUAACCUUCGCACUGUCUCGGUGGCGACAUAAAGGAAGCUGUGAAUCACAAGCUCUGCCUCGUUCUGGCCUCACCCUUUCCCCCCAACCUGGGCACCCUCUGCCCUCCCUGUAGCCUUAACAUUCCCUUCCCCUGCUCCACCUAUCCCAAUGCCCUUUGCUUGACUGACUGUGGCCUCCCCAGGCAAGAGGUUGCUACAGAGGUAGCCUCCACCCAGGGAAUGGAGAGCUGGGCUGGAUAUUAAGCCAACAGUGUCAGACACAGAGGGAGGUGGGGAUUGGUGACUCCCACAGCUGGGGCAGUGG